AUGGGUUGUGUUUGGAAAAGUAUUCCAAUUCUGCCAAAUUUCGAGGUCCGAGACGACGACAUUUGUAUAUGUGCUUUUCCAAGUUCUGGAACUCACUGGUUUUGGGAAAUUAUUUGCAUGCUACUAAAUGGAAAAGCAAUGUAUCUGACUGGCACUAAAGAACAAGACAUGAUGGAAUUUAUAAUGCCUGAUGUCUUUGAGAAACGCCAAUCACCACGAAUCCUGAACACCCACCUAAGACCAAAGUACCUUCCAGAGAAAAUGGUCAAAGAAGGCAAAAUUAUUUUGGUAGUGAGAAAUCCAAAAGAUGUUAUAGUUUCAAAUUAUCGGCAAACAUAUGGCUUGAAGGUCCUUGGCUAUGAAGGUUCUUUCCCAAGUUUUUUUGAAUCAUUUCUGGAAGGUAAAGUCCACUAUGGAAGCUGGUUUGAUUAUAUUAAUGACUGGAUGGAAGCAAAGAAAAAUAACCCAAAUAUUAUGCUUGUAACAUAUGAAGAGGCUAAAGAGGAUUUGCCAGCUACUGUGGAAUGUUUUUCAAAAUACCUCAAUUUGAAACAAAAUGAAGAACUAAUCAAGAAAAUUGCAGAACUUUGUACAUUUAAAUCUAUGAAAACUGCUAAGGAAGACCUAACCAAAGAUAUAGACAUGUGGAGAGAAGGCUAUAGUUUUUACAGAUCAGGUAAAACUGGCACUUGGAAAGAUUGGCUGACAGUUCAGCAGAAUGAAAAAAUAGAGGAAUGCAUGAAGAGUAAAUUGAACAGUCUUGAAAUUGCAAAGAUGUACAUGACAUCUUGA